AGAGAAUCGUAGGAUAUUAAGUAAAACUUAACGCGCUGGUAUCUGCACUGGACGCACAACUAUUGAUUCCUGUUAUAAAAUUUCGUGUGUUUUGUGUGCGAUUUCGCUCGUUCAGUUUAAUUAGAAAACUAAUUUGAUACGGUGAAAAUUGUGAAUUUCCACAUUUAAGCAACUUUAGGGGAUUUUGAGGAACCCUUCUAAUAGACAUUACUAUGAGUUCCAAAAAAAGAAGUGCUUCCGCUUCCAUGAGCAAAAAGUCGAGUGUGAGUCCGCGACGACUGCUACGCGAAACGCUAAAGCACCAAACACAGCAAAAUACAAAUUCUAAUUGUGAUCCCGGGGAACAGCAAACGCCAAAUCGCAAUACUAAUGAGGAAAGUUCAAAGCCAUAUGUUCGAAUUGUGGAGCAUCCCGCGGACAAAUGGUUCAAAUUCCGUUACAGUAGCGACAGUCAGACGUCCUCCAUGUUGUUGGGCGAGAAUUGGUCUCCAUCAAGAGAAACCUAUCCCGCCAUCGAAAUUCUCAACUACAAAGGGCGCGCGGUGGUAAUUAUCUCCUGUGUGACCGAAGAUGCUCCGUACAAACCUCAUCCGCACACUAUAUUAAACAAGGACGGUUACAUACACGGUGUUUGUAUCUUACAGAUACCACAUCGUGCCGAAUUCCACAGUUUAGGUAUCAAGAGUACAAAGCGGAGUGAUGUUGAUAUGGCCCUGAAAAAACGAGAGUCUAUACGUGUUGAUCCUUUUGAAACGGGUUUUUCGCACCGUUUGUCCCCGCAUUGCAUAGAUUUAAACGUGGUGCGAUUGUGCUUUCAAGUGUUCAUUGCAGACGAGAAUGGACAUUUAACGGUGCCAUUGAAGCCUGUCGUUACCAAGCCAAUCUAUGACAAAAGGUCUCUGCUUCGUCUAGCCAUACACGAAAUUUGUUGCUCGGGUUCAGUGUUGGGCUGCACUGAAAUUAUAUUGCUCUGCAAUAAGGUAGUUAAAGAGGAUGUUUCGGUGCGAUUUUAUGAAGAGCAGAAUGGCGUUACCACUUGGGAAGCUUUUGGUUCCUUUGAGAUUUAUGAUGUACACAAACAAUCUUCGAUACGUUUGAAAACGCCCAGGUAUCAUAACAUCAAUAUCACCAAACCAGUAACGGUAUUCGUACAGCUGGUACGAGCUUCGGAUGGUAUUGCUAGUGACCCUGUGCAAUUCACGUAUAAGCCAGUCGAGCCCGAAUCGAAUCUAAUGCUAUUAAGACGUAAAUGUGAACGGAUUGGCCUCAAUCCUCAAGUUAAUAUUCCGCUUAAAUUAGGGAAUGCACCAAGCGGAGUAUCAUUUCCACUUUUUAAUUUCAAUAACUCUCAGCUUACUCCACCUCCAGAGGUCAAGUCACCGUCAAAUACAUCAUCAUCCUCACCCUCAGCCCCAUCCUCCCCUUCAUCCUCAUCCUCAACUUUCUACUUACCUUCGUCUUCACCCUCACCCUCACUCCACACAAUGGUUACGGGCAGAAAUACAUCAUCGAUUCCCGCCUUCAUCGCGGCAAGAGGUGGUGGUGAUCCACCAGAAACUAAACAAGUUCCUGUAGCAGCGAAUAGACCUAAUGCAAAUGGGAUGGCUGGAGCUUGCCAGCAGCUUCAGCAACAACAGCAACAGCACCAAAUAAAACCGCAAUAUUUAGCGCUCCAGGAGGUUCAACAGUCAAUACCGCCACAGGCUAUGCCAAACGGGCAACAACACUAUCAGCAGCCGCAGCCACAGCAGCAAACAAUGCUUCAAUAUUUAUCACCGCAGGAGUGUCAACAGGCAACUCCGCCUCGAAAUAUGCCAAUCUUACAACAACACUAUCGGCAGUCGCGGCCACAGCCGCAGCAACAACAGCAGCAGCACCAAACAAAGCAGCAAUAUUUCGCACUCUCGAAGACUCAACAGGCAACACCGCCCCAAAAUAUGCCAAUCGUACAACAACACUAUCAGCAGUCGCGGCCACAGCCGCACCUACAAAGGCAGAAGUACCACGAAAAGUCGCAAUAUUUUGCACUUUGGGAGGCUCAACAGGUAACACCGCCUCAAAACAUGCUUGACGAACAACAACACUAUCGAAAGCCGCAGCUGCAACAGCAACAGCACCAAACAAAGCUGCAAUAUUUCGCACUUUCGAAGACUCAACAGGCAACACCACCUCAAAAUAUGCCAAUCGUACAACAACACUAUCAGCAGCCGCGGCCACAGCCGCAGUUUCAACUGCAGCAACACCAAACAAGGCUUCAGUACUUAGAAGUAUCGGAGACUCAAAAAGCAACACCGCCUCAAAAUAUGUCAAUCGAGCAACAACACUAUCGAAGGCCGAAGCCGCAGCCGCAGCCGCAACUACAACAGCAGCAACAACAAACAAGGCUUCAAUACUUAGCACUCCAGGAGACUCAACAGCCGCCGCCUCAAAAUAUGCCAAUCGUACAACAACACUAUCAGCAACCGCAGCCACAGAACCAAACUCAACCCAAUGCCACUAACAGCACAAAUAAGACCAGUUGGGAGCAACAAUUCGCCAAUGUUGUUUUGUUUGCAGCAUCAGCGCUAAGCAAUCUUAACGGUAACAGCACUGAGUCCAAUAUGCGAAAUUUUUUGGCGGCCACUGCGUCAGGUAUAAUUCAGCAUGAGCAACAACAGCAGCAGCCACAACUCCAUGAGCAGCAUUUGUCGUCGACUCAACAACAACAAUAUCAGCCAUUGAAAACAGAACCGCAAUGGGAAUCUCAAUCGCAAAUGUUGCAGCAACAACUCAUUAAUAACGAAGUGCUAAUAAAAACCCACGCAGAUGUGGGUAGUUUUGAUUUUGUUGGAGAUGACGAUGAAGACGAAACUAUUACCACCCUUUUGAACAUAGAUAGUAAUGAGUUGAUCCACGAAAGCCGUGUGGAACAAGCGAUUUUACAACUCACAAACGAUGAGUUAGAGCUUUCUGCAAGUAUAAAUAAAUCGGACAAUUUUGAGUUUUUCUAAAACUUGAGUGCAAUCGACCAAAUUUUAUACACACAUUGGAGAUUGUCUAUGGAAAACCAAAAAUAGAAAAAUU